AUUUGUCAUUCAAAGACACAUUAUGUUUGACGAACUUAGGAUUAUCUUCAAAAAACCCGAAAAUAUCCCGCACUCAAUCCCGAUUCUCUUAAGAUUUCCUUCUUGUUUCAAAGCUAUUUUCACUUAUAUUACUACAACAUUCAAGGAGCUAUAAGAAUACUUUUAUUGAAUUGCAAGACAAUGAUUUUUUAUAAUUAUUUAUUUUUAAUUUGAUAAAUCCACUGGUUUAAGAAAACUCAAGAAAAGAUAUUUAUGAAAAUGUACUUACCGGAUUUGACAAAUGAAAUAUUGAAGAUUAUGACAAUAAUUGAAGCGACAUUAGAAAAAUAAAAUUCCAGACAAAUUAUCUUUUUGAAGACUAGGCAGCAUGGUCUCCGACCUUAGCCUGUUCCAAACGGAACAAACGUACUAAAAAAAAAAAAAAAUUUUGUCUGUGUAAUUUGUUAUGAGUUUUUGUGUAUAUUGACUUAUUCGAAUGAAAUGAAAUUAAGGCAGCAUGGUCUCCGACCUUAGCCUGUUCCAAACGGAACAAACGUACUAAAAAAAAAAAAAUGAAAUGAAAUUAAAACUUAUUAAUUUUUUACACUUUUCAAGAGUUUAAAAUAAGAAUUUUAAAUUAUGGCAUCUCGAUUUAGUGGUGCUCUACAGCUUACAGACCUUGAUGACUUUAUUACGCCCUCACAAGAGUGCAUAAAACCAGUGACAAUUGAAAAAAAGAAAACAAAAACUGGUGCUAAAAUAAAGAUUGGAGAGGAUGGAUAUUUUGAUAUAUCUAGCGGUCAAGAGCAGAAACUUCAGAAAGUCGAGAUUACUCUAGCUGACUGCCUUGCUUGCAGUGGUUGCAUCACAUCAGCGGAGAGUGUAUUAGUCACUCGGCAGAGUCAAGAAGAACUACUCAAAGUGUUCUCAGAGAGGAAAUACACAGAUAACAAGGGUGUGACAAAAAGUGUGAGUCUAGUUGUGAUAUCUUUGUCACCGCAGCCUACACUCUCUCUUGCGGCACGAUACAAGCUCACUCCUGAGGAUGCUACUAAAAAAUUAGCUGGAUAUUUCAAAAGUUUGGGAGCUGAUUUAGUACUAGAUAUGACAGUGGCGGAAGAUCUCUCACUCCUUGAAGUACAGCAGGAGUUUCUAGAACGAUACCAUAAUCAUCAGAACGAUCCAACUGCUAAACAUCUUCCAAUGCUUGCCAGUUCUUGUCCAGGUUGGGUAUGUUAUGCAGAGAAGACUCACGGAAACUUCAUCCUUCCAUACAUAUCCAGUACAAAAUCCCCCCAGCAAAUUAUGGGCUCCCUGGUGAAGCAGUACCUGUCUAAAUCCAAGGAGGUGAACCCAAGUGAGAUCUACCACGUGACAUUCAUGCCAUGCUACGACAAGAAGCUAGAAGCGUCCAGAGAGGAUUUCUAUAGUGAAAUAUUAAGUUGUCAUGAUGUGGACUGCGUCAUUACUGCAAUUGAGUUGGAACAAAUGCUGAACAACAGCGGCAAGUCUCUCAGUGAAGUGGCGAGCUCGGAGCUGGACUGGCCGUGGUCAGAGAGCGACGGUCACCCGGCGAUCCGCCGCCACCUCGGCUCGGGCUCGGGCGGCUACGCAGACCACGUGUUCAGUUACGCUGCCGAACAGUUAUUCGGAGAGAGCAAUGCGCCGCUCGUUUAUAGAAAUUUAAGGAAUCCAGAUUUCCGGGAGGUUACAUUAGAAAAAGACGGCAAGGAAGUGUUGAAAUUUGCAAUAGCGAAUGGAUUCAGAAAUAUUCAGAACUUAGUACAAAAGCUCAAGAGAGGCAAAUCUCCGUACCACUAUGUGGAAGUCAUGGCUUGUCCAUCAGGGUGCUUAAACGGCGGAGCGCAGGUACGACCCUCGACUGGCGAGAGCAGUCGUGAGCUGGUGACGCAACUGGAGGGGCUGUACUCGCAGCUGCCGCUGGCGGCGGCCGGCGGCGGCGGCCUGGUCCGCAGACUGUACGCCGACUGGCUCGACGGCCGCGACUCGGACAAGGCGCGCGCCAUGUUGCACACGCGGUACCACGCCGUCGAGAAGUCCGAUAUAGCGCUUAAUAUAAAGUGGUAAUAUAUUGCUUAUAUUGUUACCAUAGCAACCUGUUAAUGACUAGUGCACGUAUGAACAGCAGAGCUGUAUUUAUAAAUAUAAGAGGCAACCAUCUGGACGAGUGGCGGUCCUCCACCGAGCGUUUUUCAAGGCACUUUCUCCCACGCACAACCACUCUUUGGAAUCAACUUCCAGCAGCAGUAUUUCCGAACCGAUAAGACAAUAUAACCUUCAAUAAAAGAGCAUAUUCCUUUUUAAAAGACCGACAGCACACCUGCAAUGCCGUAGGUGUUGUGGGUGACCAUGGGCGGCGGUAGUCACUUACCAUCAGGUGAGCCGCAUGUUCGUAUUCCCCGUGUUGUAAAAAAAAAAUAUUAAAAUUAAUAAAUAAAUGAAACCCUACAAGUAAAACUUCACAGCAAGCCGAAAUAAUUAUACGCCAUGUCGACCCCACACGGUAAAAAUAACUUACGCUCUCAUUCUGCACCGCGGAUUAAAACUCGAGUUUAACAAGUUGAAAAAGUUGAACUAUAUACUUAUAUAUACUAUAUAUAUACUUUGGGAGUUAAAUUGUUAUAAUAAAAAGUAAUACUUAAAAAAAAAUUCAUGUAAUGCAAAAUCAUUUAUUUAUUUAUUUAUUCUUUAUUGUACAUAAAAAAAUUACAACAUAUAAUAUAUAUAAAAUAAAGAUGUACAACAGGCGAGCUUAACUCUGUAAGAGUUCUCUUCCAGCAAACCCUGAGUGGAAAGGAGCAUUCAUUAUUAGCGGGCAGUAUGCGUACAAUAAUGGAAGGAAACAUUAUAGAUGUUUCUAUUAAAAAUAUGAAAUAUGUUGACAUAUAUACAAAGUAACUCAUACAAUUAAAAUCAAAAUAAAUACAUAUCUGUAUACAAUAAUACAUAUACAUAUAUACAUAGACGUAAAAUAUCUCUUUUCAUACAAAAUCAUCAGUCCAGACUUUUUUUAAUGGGUGAUAAUGGUAUGGUCACCCCGCCUACGCUAUCGGUAUACACUGGCGGGGCACCAGUGAUAGAUGACUGAUGAGGAAGAAAACAGGUCAGUUAGCCUAUCCUGACGAAUUCAACUAGAAUUAGUCACGAUGAUUUCCAGGGGGAACCAUGUGGAGGUCGACCUGACAGGGUAUAUUACUAGUAAUGGGGCUAUUUGAGCCCAUUACUCACAAUCCCUUUCAGUCCCUAUCAGUCCAGCCUGUCCACUGCUGAACCUGGGUCUCCCCCUUGCAAAGCGAGGGGGAUCAGUAUUUGCCACUCUUGGCAGGUAGAUUAGUUAGGCUUUGAUCACAUUUUAAGAGGGGCGCUGCUGCCCAUCCCUCCUCCUUCCAUUAAGGUCCUCAUUCCUCCAUCCUUAAAGUUCUCACUAUUCCAUUCGUGUUUCAACCGUGAAGCAGUUGUGUUUGCAUGGCUGUGUUUCGGUUUGAAAGGUGGGAUACGGCAUGAAUUUACAGGGUACAGAGGAAUAACAUCCGAGUCCUCGGGUACGGCAACGCAUGGGGGGUAUCAUGGGCGAAACAGUAUUAUGUCCUUGGUACUGCUCAUGUCUAUAGGCGACGGUUACCACUUUCCAUCAGGUGAGCCGUCAGCUUAUUUGCCAUUCUAAGUUGUAUAAAAAAAAAAUCUGUAUAUAUAUAAUCAGUUCUCCUACCUUAGUCGCCUCUUACGGCACCCACGAGAAAGGCAACUGUGUGUUAUUGUGAGUUAGUCGUAAAAAUAUGUUCCAAAAUUUAUAAACAAGUAUUGAAUAUUUUUCUACUGUACUUGUUAUAUCGUUUCUGACUAGUUUUACAUCUAAGUCAAUAUAAUUUAUGUACAUAUUAGUUAUAAGAAGUAAAGACGGUUAUAUAAGUAAAGUAAUAAUAAAUUGUUUUUUUUAUUGUCAAGUGUGUGCGUGUGUAUGUGUGUGUGGGUGUGUGUGCGUGUGCGCGUGUGCGUGUGUGUGCAUGUGCGUGCGCGCACGCGCGUGUGUGUGUGUGUGUGUGUGUGUGUAUGUGCAUGUAUAUACUAUUAUAUAUAUUUUUAUGUUAAUAUCAUAUAUAAUAUCAAUAAUCAUCUGCUCUCGAUUAUUUGGUUUGGUUCAUUGUGGAAACUUUACUGAUUUAUGUUAUGGUUGUGUAUACUAUUUUAUAUGUCUUAGAUAUUGUAUGUUUCCUUUUCAAAGUAAAAUAACAAUAAAUAAAUAAAUAAAAUUGUUAUAACAUAAA